AUGCGGAAGUGGGUUAUCACUAAACAUCCAAAACAUCCAGCAGGAGGACCAGCUGUGGUGAUGAGGUUCUUAGAUGUCAUUAAACUGCCCCUCCUUUUUUGUGCUCAUGGUUCAGCUUUUACUGUGUUCAGUUCAUUUGCUGAGAAUGAAGAUGCUCUUUUGCGACACUUGUUUCGUGGAUAUCAGAAAUGGAUCAGGCCAGUAAAACAUGCUAAUGAUACUAUAAAGGUAUAUUUUGGACUGAAGAUCUCUCAGCUUGUAGAUGUGGAUGAAAAAAAACAGUUAAUGACAACUAAUGUAUGGCUGAAACAGGAAUGGAUCGACCAUAAAUUGUGCUGGAAUCCUGAAGAUUAUGGUGGGAUCACUGCAAUUCGGGUUCCAUCUGAAUCUCUCUGGCUCCCUGAUAUUGUUUUAUUUGAAAAUGCUGAUGGGCGAUUUGAAGGUUCAUUGAUGACAAAAGCAAUAAUUAAGUACAAUGGCAUAGUAGUGUGGAGACCUCCAGCUAGUUACAAAAGUUCCUGCACAAUGGAUGUGACCUUCUUCCCAUUUGACAGGCAGAAUUGCUCCAUGAAAUUUGGAUCAUGGACCUAUGAUGGCAACAUGGUUGACCUGAUCCUAGUAGAUGAAAAUGUGGAUAGGACAGACUUUUUUGAUAAUGGGGAAUGGGAAAUCCUAAAUGCCAAAGGAAUGAAAGGAAACCGAAAAGACGGAUUAUAUUCCUACCCAUUCAUCACCUAUUCUUUUGUUUUAAGACGCCUCCCACUGUUCUACACACUUUUCUUAAUAAUCCCAUGCCUAGGACUAUCAUUUUUAACAGUGCUCGUUUUUUACUUGCCCUCGGAUGAGGGAGAGAAACUAUCACUCUCGACCUCCGUUUUAGUUUCCCUCACAGUUUUUCUCCUGGUCAUUGAAGAAAUCAUCCCCUCUUCCUCCAAAGUCAUACCCUUGAUUGGUGAGUACUUGUUGUUCAUCAUGAUUUUUGUCACCCUUUCAAUCAUAGUGACAGUUUUUGUAAUUAAUGUGCACCAUCGGUCCUCGGCCACCUAUCAUCCCAUGGCUCCCUGGGUGAGAAGACUUUUCCUUCAGAAACUGCCCAGGCUGCUCUUCAUGAAAGGACAUGUAGAUCGCUGUGCUUUCGCGGAUCCGGAAGGUGCUCUAAAACCAAAGCCGAGGAAGUAUAAAAACAAACAAUUGAAAGAUGGAGAAAAGGUGGUGGUUGCAUUCUUGGAAAAAGCUGCUGAUUCCAUUAAAUAUAUCUCCAGGCAUGUCAAAAAGGAGCACUUCAUUAGACAGGUAGUGCACGACUGGAAGUUUGUAGCUCAGGUUCUUGACCGGAUCUUCCUGUGGCUAUUUUUGGUGGUGUCUGUGAUCGGGUCUGUUCUUAUAUUUACUCCUGCUUUGGAGAUGUGGUUACAUAGUGGUUUGUAG